CCGAAAAAAUUUGUUAAUCAACACUAAAACCAUAUUUUUUUGUACGGGCGUAAUUAGAAAGCAGCUAAUAAACUUAAUUUCCACGUCCUAUACACCACAACACUUAACAUACUCGCCCGGUAGCAAGCGCGGCCAAUAAGUUUCCCACCGGAAAAGCCGCGCGUAAUCUUCUGAACAAGCCCAGAAACUUAUAAAACUACGUCGCCAUUUAAACACGAAAUCGAAAACACAAACACACACCCAAAAGUACCGAGAGCUGAGAAAAACGGCAAAGAGCGAGCGAACCGUAGUGUGGUGUGGUUACGUCUAGGAAUAGUAUAUUAUUAGCGUUAUUAGUGGCCAAUAAAGCGGAGCCGAGACCCUUGAUUUUCCACUGCACGCAGGAGACGACAACGACGACGUGUCCACCAUUUCGUUACUUUAUUAUACGGAGUAGUGACGAACAACUGUGAUCUCCAUAUCCCCCCAUCAAGCAGAACCAUGGCCAAGACCUACGACUACCUGUUCAAGCUGCUACUGAUAGGCGACUCCGGUGUGGGCAAGACCUGCAUCCUGUUCCGCUUCUCCGAGGACGCCUUCAACACGACAUUUAUAUCCACGAUAGGUAUCGAUUUUAAAAUUAGAACAAUUGAAUUAGAUAACAAAAAAAUAAAGCUGCAAAUAUGGGACACUGCCGGCCAGGAGCGUUUUCGCACAAUCACCACGGCCUACUACAGAGGUGCCAUGGGCAUCAUGCUGGUCUAUGACAUAACCCAGGAGAAGUCCUUUGAAAAUAUUAAGAAUUGGAUAAGGAACAUUGAGGAAAAUGCCUCCGCCGAUGUCGAGAAAAUGCUGCUGGGUAACAAGUGCGAACUGACCGAUAAGCGACAGGUUUCAAAGGAGCGAGGCGAACAAUUGGCUAUCGAGUAUGGCAUCAAGUUUAUGGAGACCUCCGCGAAAGCCAGCAUCAACGUGGAAGAAGCCUUCCUCACCCUCGCCAGUGAUAUCAAAGCGAAAACGGAAAAGCGAAUGGAGGCGAACAACCCACCCAAGGGCGGACAUCAGCUGAAACCCAUGGACAGUCGGACGAAGGACAGUUGGCUGUCCAGAUGCAGUCUGCUUUGACGUGGCAACGUGCGCUCGGCACUGAUGCGGCAUGGUGGUAGCAACGAUAGUGUAUGUGGUAGUAGUUUUCUUAAUUCCUGUUAGGUUCGGAAACCCUCCAUACCGAGAUCGAGCACAGUGUGGACAUCAACAAACAAAAUCAACAUCAA